AUGAAAUAUGUGAUCGGUGUUGAUGACAGGCUUGCUGAAAAUAUCAUCCGUUGUCCAACAUGUGGAAGAGAGUAUAGAAGUGUGGCCAGUUUAAACCUGCAUAAAAGAUACUACUGUCAGAAGCAACCAUCAAUGGCUUGCAGCCUAUGUAGAUACAAGGCUUAUCAUAGAGGAAACUUGAAAAGACAUGUUGUGGUUCAUCAUGGAGAGCAAUACGUUGAUGCAGUAUUAUAUAAGAAAAAAUAAUGUUGAAACUUUGAAGUAUUUGAGUAUUUCUAUUGAUUGAAAUAUACCUUUUAUAACACGAGUAUA